GCCACCACCUCACCAUGCAACAACGCAACAUCCUCCUUCCUUUUAAGACCAAUAUAAUGCACUUGUUUCUCCUUCACUCUUUCCCCGGCCCCGAGACAUUUUUUAACAAUAACCAACGCCACCACCAGUCCCGCCACCGUUGCCGCCACCUUCCGCCAGACCCACCACCGCAUGGGUCAUCACAGCCGCCGCGAGUCCUACCCUGGCACGUCAUCGUCCCGCGUUGACUACUAUCUCCACACCGGCUCGCGCCGUCUCGAUGCGGUGCCCGCCGGUGAGGAUCUCCCGUGGCCGUUCCAGAAGCUGGACGGCCUCGGCGCUGACGAGGUCAGGGAGACCGCGUAUGAGAUAUUCUUCACCUCGUGCCGGUCUGCGCCGGGGUUCGGCGGCCGUAACGCGCUCACGUUUUACUCCAACCACGACGGCAAUGGCGGCGGCAGCGAUGGGGGGAAGCCGAACCAGGUGGUGACGAAACCGACCAGCAGGGUCAAGAAGGCGUUGGGGUUGAAGAUGAUCAAGAGGUCGCCGUCGCGGAGGAUGGCCAGCGCCAGCGUGGUUUCCACGCCGUCGUCUCCGGUGGCCGGAGCUGCCAGCCCAAUAUCGCACACCGUGCCUCUGCCUUUCCGGCCCCGCCGUCCCAUGACCGCCGCGGAGAUCAUGAGACAGCAGAUGAGGGUCACGGAGCACGACGAUAACCGGCUGCGCAAGACCCUCAUGAGAACCCUUGUUGGCCAAAUGGGAAGGCGAGCAGACACUAUAAUUCUACCAUUGGAACUGCUGCGCCAUCUAAAGCCUUCAGAAUUCAGUGAUUCCCAAGAGUACCACAAUUGGCAGAAGAGACAGCUCAAGAUUCUUGAAGCAGGGCUUCUCCUGAACCCAUCAAUCCCUUUAGAUAAGAGCAACACAUUCGCCACGCGCCUCAGGGACAUUAUAACCAGUUCUGAGUCCAAACCAAUUGACAUUGGCAAAAACUCAGACACCAUGAGGACACUUUGCAAUUCUGUGGUUUCCUUGUCAUGGAGAAGCCACAAUGGCACUCCCACUGAUGUAUGCCACUGGGCUGAUGGAUUCCCUUUCAACAUUCACCUCUACACUUCCCUUCUUCAGUCGAUAUUUGACAUCAGGGAUGACACAUUAGUCCUUGGUGAAGUUGAUGAGCUUCUUGAACUGAUGAAGAAAACAUGGACAACAUUGGGGAUCACAUUGCCAAUUCACAAUGUGUGCUUCACCUGGGUGCUGUUUCAGCAGUACAUAGCAACUGGGCAGAUAGAGCCUGACCUUCUUUGUGCCUCACAUGCCAUGUUGGGUGAGGUAGCAAAUGAUGCUAAGAGAGAAAAGGAGUCUUUGUAUGUUAAGAUUCUGUCAUCAGUGCUGACCUCAAUGCAGAGUUGGGCUGAGAGGAGGUUGCUUAGUUACCAUGACUAUUUCCUCAGAGGGAAUGUUGGCCAAAUUGAAAGCCUUCUUCCUUUGGUGUUGUUAGCCUCAAGAAUUUCUGGUGAAGAUCUUUCAAUCACAGAUGGUGAAAAGGGAGAGAAAGGAGACAUAACUAUAGUGGAUUCAUCCGGUGACCGGGUUGAUAAUUACAUUCGUUCUUCCCUCAAAAAUGCAUUUGACAAGGUAUUAGAGGCAGUGAACUCCAAGUCUGCUGCGUUUGAAAGAAACAAAGAGUUGAGUGAAGUCCUGCUUCAAUUAGCUCAGGAAACUGAAGUUUUGGUGAUGAAGGAAAGGCAUCAUUUUAGUCCAAUUCUGAAGAAAUGGCACUCAACUGCAGGUGCAGUUGCAGCCAUAACGCUUCACAAUUGCUAUGGGCAAGUGCUGAGGCAGUACAUAGGUGAAGUGACCUCACUCACAACAGAAUCAGUUCAGGUAUUGCAGAGAGCUGGGAAGCUAGAAAAGCUGAUUGUCCAAAUUGUGGUUGAAGACUCCACCGAGUGUGAGGAUGGUGGCAAAAAUGUUGUGAGAGAGAUGGCUCCAUUUGAUGUUGAUUCUGUCAUAUUGAGUCUUCUGGGAAAAUGGAUUGAUGAAUCAUUGAACAAAGGCAAAGAGUGUCUGCAAAGGGCAAAAGAGACUGAAACAUGGAAUCCAAAGUCCAAAACAGAGCCAUAUGCACAAUCAGCUGCGGAGCUGAUGAAAUUGGCCACUACAACUGCAGAAGAAUUCUUCCAAGUUCCAAUAGCAAUUACAGAAGAUUUAGUUCAAGAUCUUGCUGAUGGAUUGGAAAACCUCUUCCUGGACUACAUGAAGUUUGUUGCAGCAUGUGGUUCAAGACAGAGUUACAUUCCCAUGCUUCCCCCACUAACCAGAUGCAACCGUGACUCAAAGUUCACCAAGCUGUGGAAGAAAGCUGCUCCAUGUGGCGCUAAUUUUCAAGACCUGCAUCACAUGAAGGGGGCAUUUGAAGGCCACCAUCCUUGGUCCUCAACUAGCCGCGGAACGCAACGCCUCUACGUUCGUCUCAACACCUUGCACUACCUCCUCACUCACAUCCACUCCCUUGAAAAAUCGAUCUCCAUGAACCCGGGCAUUGUCCCUUCAAACCGCCUCCGCUUCGCAAACAACCGCAGGGCUCAAAGCAAUUCCUACUUCGAAAGUGUCAACCUCUCCAUUCUAGCAGCAUGCCAACAUGUCUCAGAAGUUGCAGCAUACCGUCUCAUAUUCCUUGACUCAAGCUUUGUCUUCUACGACAGCCUCUAUGUCGGUCGUGUUCAAAGGGGUCAGAUUAAGCCUGCACUGAAAGUCCUCAAGCAGAAUCUCUCACUGAUGACCACAAUUCUAACAGAUAGAGCUCAACCAUUGGCAAUGAAGGAAGUCAUGAAGGCCUCUUUUGAUGCACUCCUCAUGGUCUUGCUUGCCGGUGGACAUUCCCGCAUGUUCCACCGGUCGGAUCACGAGAUAAUCUAUGAAGAUUUUGAGCACCUGAAGCGGGUUUUCAGCAACUGUGUGGAUGGGUUGAUUGCAGAUAAUGUGGUGGAUGGUGAGGCUGCAGUGGUGGAGGGAGUUAUUGCAUUAAUGGGGCAAAACACUGAGCAGUUGAUGGAGGAUUUCAGCAUUGUCACAUGUGAAUCAAGUGGGAUUGGCAUCAUGGGUAAUGGACAGAAAUUGCCAAUGCCUCCUACUACAGGGAAGUGGAAUAGAGCAGACCCUAACACAAUAUUGAGGGUGCUUUGCUAUAGAAAUGACAGAGCUGCCGAUCAGUUCUUAAAGAGAACAUUCCAAUUAGCAAAGAGGAGAUGAAUAUAACUGAGAAGGAUGGUAUUGCGUGUCUUGGUAAAGUUGAAGUCAGGAGAUCCAAAUUGGCAAAUGCAUUUCUGCUAUAUAUAAUUCCUGUCUUCUAAGUUCUAACAUGGAUGAACUUGUGUAAAUGUGGGGAGGGAAGGGGUUGUAAUUUUUUCAUGUUUUGGAUAUUGGAGGUGCAAGCACAUGGGUAGGGAAGGGGGAGGGUGAUAUUUGACUUGUAUUUCAAAGCACAUUAGUUUUGGAAUUGAGCCUUAAAAAGGCAAUAAGAAAUGUUUUGUUUUCAUCAUUGGGCAUUUUAUAUUGUAGGCUGCAAAAUACAUGGUCAUUUGAUCCAAUAAUGAUACUUA